AUGACCUGUACUUGGCCUGGUGGACGCACGGCCGCCCGCGACGCGUUUGGGGCGCUCGGGAGCGCUCAUCUGGUGGCCAGCCCGGGCCUGGACGUGGCUGAAGCCGGCCGGUCCCGUGCUCGGCGCCCCAACCAGCGCGAGUUUUCCCUUGGCGAUGGGAAAGAGAGGCAGCGGCUGAGGCAGGGCGAGGCCAAGAGUGCGCGCUGGCUCUCAGGGCCAGGACUCCUUGGCGGCCGCCAGGUGGUAAACAAAGCAGCCCUGGCGCCCGAGUGGCGGCGGCGAGCGGCGGGGGCGGUGGCGGUGGAGGGCAGCGGCCCAGCGACCCCGGCUGGGCUCGAGGAGCCGCGCCCGCACCCACACCUGCGCCGCGGGGCGGAGCACCAGACCCCGGGACCCCCGGGAGUCUCGGGGGAGAUGUGCUGGAGGGGUCUGCCCAGGGCGGUGGCGGUCCCCAGCCCGAGGGUCCCAGCGCCAGACAGUUCCUGGCGCGGCUGGAAGCUCGCCCCCUGGCGGCCCGAGCUGCGGCCGACGUGGCGGCGCUGGUACGCAGGGCGGGCGCCACCUUGCGCCUGCGCCCCAAGGAGGCCCUUAGAAUACCGGAAGGACAAUGACAUCAUGGAUUUGUCCCAAGAUCCCCUUGCCUCCUAGGAAGAGUUCCUGGCAUGUCAAGUACAGUCAGUUUUAAAAGCUCUGCGUUGUACUUCCCUGGUUGUGCUGUGGCUAAUGUUCAAGGCUCCCAAUGUAGAGGGCCAGGUUCAAUUACGUUGGGGAAUUGGAUCCUAAGUAACUACUAAGACCUUGCACAGCCAAAUAAAUAACAAUAAGUAUUAAAAAAAAAAA